AUGGUCAACUCCUGUUGUGGCUCCAUCUGCUCUGACCAGGGCUGUGGUCAAGGCCUCUCCCAGGAGACCUGCUGCCAACCCAGCUGCUGUCAGACCACCUGCUGCAGAACCACCUGCUGCCAACCCAGCUGCUGUCAGACCACCUGCUGCAGGCCAACUUGCUGCCAACCCAGCUGCUGCCGACCCACCUGCUGCGGUUCUAUCAGCUGUGGCUCCAGCUGCUGCAGGCCAACCUGCUGCAUCUCCAGCUGCUGCCGCCCAGUCUGCUGCCGCCCCAGCUGCUGUGUGUCCAGCUGCUGUAGGCCCCAGUGCUGCCAGUCUGUGUGCUGCCAGCCCACCUGCUGCAAGCCCAGCUGCUGUGUAUCCAGCUGCUGCCGUCCUACCUGUUGUGUGUCCAGCUGCUGCAGGCCUCAGUGCUGCCAGUCUGUCUGCUGCCAGCCCACCUGCUGCAUUUCCAGCUGCUGCCGCCCUUCCUGCUGUGGUUCUAGCAGCUGUGGUUCCAGCUGCUGCAGGCCAACCUGCUGCAUCUCCAGCUGUUGCCGUCCAGUCUGCUGCCAGACCACCUGCUGCCGCCCAACCUGCUCUAGUGCUUCUUGCUGCUGA